GGUCAAUCACGACGUCCCCAAGGCGGGGAAAAGAAGGGUCGAUUUGGUCGCUCUAAAGCACCCCAGGUCAAAAAGGCCACCUUCGAAACCGGCAAGAAGAAGGAGAUCGGCGUAUCAGAUCUUACACUGUUGAGUAAAAUAUCCAACGAGGCAAUCAACGAUAACUUGAAACUACGUUUUGAGAAUGACGAGAUUUAUACCUAUAUCGGCCAUGUGCUGGUCUCUGUCAACCCUUUCCGAGAUCUUGGUAUCUACACCGAUAAUGUCCUUGAUUCAUACCGGGGCAAGAACCGUCUCGAAGUCCCUCCGCAUGUAUUCGGUGUCGCCGAGUCCGCAUACUACAACAUGAAAUCAUACAAGGACAAUCAGUGUGUUAUUAUCUCCGGAGAGUCUGGUGCUGGAAAGACCGAGGCCGCCAAGCGCAUUAUGCAGUACAUCGCUAGUGUCUCCGGAGGCAGCGACUCAUCCAUUCAACAGACUAAGGACAUGGUACUCGCUACAAACCCUCUGCUGGAGUCGUUCGGUAACGCGAAAACGUUGCGCAAUAACAACUCGUCUCGGUUCGGAAAGUACCUGGAGCUGGAAUUCAACGCCAACGGCGAGCCCGUGGGUGCCAACAUUACUAAUUACCUGUUGGAAAAGUCGCGGGUCGUCGGCCAGAUUGUUAAUGAGCGAAACUUCCAUAUUUUCUACCAAUUUACCAAAGCUGCACCUCAGAAAUAUCGCGACAGUUUCGGUGUGCAGCAACCGCAAUCGUACGUUUACACCAGUCGCUCGAAGUGUUUCGAUGUUCCGGGAGUCGACGAUGUGGCAGAAUUCAAAGAUACAGUGGAUGCGAUGAAGGUGAUUGGUAUGAGCGAACCAGAGCAGGAUAAUGUCUUCCGUAUGCUGGCGGCCAUCUUAUGGAUUGGAAAUAUACAGUUCAAAGAGGACGACUCCGGCAAUGCCUCAAUUACAGAUCAGUCCACAGUUGAUUUUGUGGCUUAUCUGAUGGAGGUUGACGCUGCUCAAGUUAACAAGGCCCUCACAAUUCGUCUCAUGGAAACCGCCCGUGGAGGCCGCCGUGGUUCCGUGUAUGAGGUUCCCCUCAACACUGUCCAGGCUGUUGCUGUUCGUGAUGCUCUCGCCAAAGCAAUCUACUUCAACUUGUUCGACUGGAUUGUGGGGCGCGUGAACCAGUCAUUGGCUGCUCGCGGAGCCGUGAGCAAUUCGAUUGGUAUUCUGGAUAUCUACGGAUUCGAGAUUUUCGAGAAGAACUCGUUUGAGCAGCUGUGCAUCAACUACGUCAAUGAAAAGUUGCAACAAAUCUUCAUCCAGCUGACUUUGAAGGCAGAGCAGGACGAGUAUGCCCGCGAGCAGAUCCAGUGGACUCCGAUCAAGUACUUUGACAACAAGGUUGUGUGUUCAUUGAUCGAGGACAAGCGUCCUCCUGGUGUCUUCGCCGCUUUGAACGAUGCCUGUGCCACGGCUCAUGCCGAUUCCAGCGCUGCUGACAACACAUUUGUCGGUCGUCUGAACUUCCUCUCCCAAAAUCCUAACUUUGAGGGCCGCCAAGGCCAGUUCAUCGUCAAACACUACGCCGGUGACGUGAGCUACGCCAUCGAGGGCAUGACAGAUAAGAACAAGGACGCAUUGUUGAAGGACUUGCUGAACUUGGCUGGAUCGAGUACCAAUACAUUUGUGCACACCCUCUUCCCUAACCAGGUCAACCAGGAUGACAAGCGUCGUCCUCCAACUGCCAGUGACAAGAUCAAGGCGUCUGCCAACGAUCUUGUUGCUACGCUGACGAAAGCGCAGCCCUCCUAUAUUCGAACCAUCAAGCCCAACGACAACAAGGCCCCAAGGGAGUACAAUCAAGGCAACGUAAUGCACCAGAUCAAGUAUCUUGGUUUGCAGGAGAACGUGCGUAUUCGCCGUGCCGGUUUCGCUUACCGUCAAACCUUCGACAAGUUCGUCGAGCGCUUCUAUCUAUUGUCACCCAAAACUGGUUACGCUGGAGACUACACAUGGACUGGUGAUUCGAUCUCAGGUGCUAAGCAGAUUUUGAAGGAUAGCAGUAUUCCUGCGGAAGAAUACCAGAUGGGUAUUACCAAGGUGUUUGUCAAGACUCCGGAGACUCUUUUUGCUUUGGAAGCUAUGCGAGACAAGUACUGGCAUAACAUGGCCAUUCGGAUUCAACGAGCGUGGAGAGGAUACCUUGCUUAUCGUAUUGAAUCGGCCAUAAGAAUCCAACGUUUCUGGAGACGCAUGACUGGCGGACUCGAAUAUCUCAAAAUUCGUGACCAGGGUCACCAAUUACUAAAAAAUCGUAAAGAAAGACGAAGAAUGUCUAUCCUCGGUUCUCGUCGCUUCAUGGGUGAUUACUUGGGUAUAGGAAACACGGGUGGCCCCGGUGAGAUGAUUCGCAACGGUGCCAACAUCAGCAGUUCGGAAGAAGUUGUAUUCUCCUGCCGUGGAGAGAUUCUAGUGUCCAAGUUUGGUCGAUCCAGCAAACCUCUUCCUCGAAUGAUUGUUCUUACCAACCGACAUGUAUUCAUCGUGGCCCAAAGCAUAGUCAACAACCAGCUUGUCAUCGCAUCCGAACGAACUGUUCCAAUCGGCGCUAUUAAAGCUGUCAGUGCUUCCAAGCUAAGGGACGACUGGUUCUCGCUGGUCAUCGGUGCCCAGGAACCGGAUCCGCUUCUCAACUGCGUUUUGAAGACGGAGUUCUUUACCCAUCUCAACAUCAGUUUGCGUGGCUCCUUGGACCUGAAGAUUGGUGAUAGCAUCGAGUACAACAAAAAGCCUGGCAAGCUGGCUACCGUCAAGGUAGUCAAGGAUCCUGCCGCUGGCAAUUUCGACAUCUACAAGAGCUCCACCAUACACACUGGACCUGGCGAACCGGCUAAUUCUGUAUCGAAACCUUUACCCAAGAGGAAGGCUGUUGCUGCACGUCCUGUGACAUCGGGCAAACUUCUCAGGCCUGGAGGCCCAGGGAAUAGCAAAGGACAAUUGUCCUCUGCUGCGCGGAGAGGCCCCCUCCCGCCGCACAACCGAUGGUACAGCCUCUGCCUUCGAGGCCCCAGCCUGCAGCUGUUCCUACGCCCGCUGCACAGCCUCGCAUUGUUCCAAAACCUGUUCCUCAAGCUGUUCCAAAACCUACUCCUCAAGCUGUUCCUACCCCAGUUGCUGCGCACACUCGUAACACGACCCCCGCCUCCACCCCCAUCAGCACCGCCCGCCUCGGCCAAGCCCACAGCAAAGGCCCUUUACGACUUUAAUAGUGACAGCGCCAAUGAGCUGUCGAUCCGCGCCGGCGAAAUUGUACAGAUUGUCUCGAAGGAAGGAAAUGGAUGGUGGCUAUGCAUGAGCACGUCAACCUCCACCCAAGGCUGGACUCCAGAAUCGUAUCUUCAGGAACAGGCCGCCAGUCCUCCGAAAAAGAAGGCCCCUCCUGCCCCACCUGCGAAGCGACCAAAUAUGAAGGCUGCGCCACGCGAGAGCACGUCAGGCGAUUCAUCGGGAGCCAGUACACCCAAUGCCAGUUUGGCCGGUGGACUCGCCGAAGCAUUGCGAGCCCGACAAAGCGCCAUUCACGGUAAAGAUGAACAAGACGAUGACGAUGACUGGUGA